AUGGAUGAAGGCCAGGCGCAGCUGCAGAGCCUCUCCGAGGACUACCAGAAACUUCAGCAAGAAAUGCAAGCUGCUGUACAGUCGCGGCAAAAGCUUGAGGCCCAAAGACAAGAGAACUCAGGAGUGCAAAGAGAAUUUGAGCGUCUGCGGGAUGGCGAGAGCAUCUACAAGCUGGUCGGACCGGUGCUGUUGAAGCAAGACAAGGUUGAGGCAGAGAGCACAGUGAAAGGACGACUGGAAUUCAUCGGCAAGGAGUUCGACCGGACAGAAGACCAGAUAAGGGAGAUCCAAGAGAAGAUCGAGAAGAAGAAAGGAGAGAUCAUGCAGGGGCAGGCUAGCAUGCAGGCAGCUGGGCCAGUAGCACCCGGGCAGGUGGCAGCGAAGGGUUGA